ACUGGUCGCCGCUCCCACAACACGUGUGGGGCUGCGACAGCAUCCACUACUUCUGUAAGCAUGUCGUUCUUCGUCCUGUACGAAUCGGCGUCGGGUUAUGCCCUGCUGGAGGUCAUGGAAGCGGAAGAAGUAGGCAGCUUGCUGGAGGAGGUGCAGCAAGCAGUGUUGGAUCCGCAGCGCUUCUGCCGAACGGUGAAGCUGAAGGGGUUCCAGCCAUUCACAACAGCAGAAAACGCCCUCGAGAACGUGAACGCAAUCAGCGAGCAAAUUGUGACGGAUGAUCUCAAGAACUUCCUCGAAAUGAACCUGCCGAAGGUGAAGAAAUCCAAGUCGGCGUCCUUCCAGCUGGGCUGCAUAGAGCCCGGGCUCGCCAGCGCCAUCCAGGAUCGUCUCGGUUUUCCAUGCCGCUCCGAUGAGACUGUCAAGGAAAUCAUCAGAGGAAUCAGGGUGCACUUUCACCGGUUCGUAAAAGAGCUUGACGGCGGAGUGGGCGAGAAGGCACAGUUGGGGCUCGGCCACAGCUACUCGCGAGCGAAGGUGAAGAUGAACCCGGCAAGGUCGGACAAUAUGAUCAUCCAAAGCAUCUGCCUGUUGGAUCAACUCGACAAAGACCUUAACACCUUCGCUAUGCGGGUCCGUGAGUGGUACUGCUGGCACUUUCCCGAGCUCCGCGAGCUCGUCAAGGACAACUACAUGUUCGCCCGGUGUGCUGCAUAUAUCAAGGACCGCGCUGCAUUUGACGAAGAAAAGCUUCCCGGGCUGAACGAGAUUGUCAUGGACGAAGAACUGGCUGCCGCUAUCCUUAAGGCAUCGCGUCACUCCAUGGGGAUGGAUGCCUCUCCGGUUGAUAUGUCCAACAUCGUCACGUUCUGCGAACGAAUGGUGAAGCUCGCCGAAUACCGGAGAGACCUCUACGCGUACCUGGUGGACAAGAUGGGAAUUGUUGCACCAAAUCUGGCAGCGCUGAUCGGUGACACGGUUGGUGCUCGGCUGAUUUCGAAGGCGGGCUCGUUGACAUCGCUAGCAAAGUGCCCGGCAUCGACAGUGCAGAUCCUAGGCGCCGAGAAGGCUCUCUUCCGGGCUCUAAAGACUAAGGGGAACACCCCCAAGUACGGUAUCAUCUACCACUCUACUUUCAUCGGCCGUGCCGCCGCGAAGAACAAGGGGCGAAUAUCGCGCGUGCUCGCCAACAAGUGCGCGAUCGCGAGUCGAAUCGACAGCUUCAGCGACGAACCCUCUACCAAGUACGGUGACGAGCUUCGGGAGCAGGUCGAGGAGCGAUUGAAGUUCUACGAUACUGGAGAGGCUCCCAGAAAAAACAUCUCGGUCAUGGAGAAGGUAGCGGCGGAGAUCGCAAGAGAAGGGGGAGAGAUUGCAGAGGUGUGCACCCCAUCAUCGCAGAAAAAGAAAAAGAAGAGGGAACGCAAAGAGGAGGACGAAGAUGCCGUGGCCGCCGUUGACGACGCUCCCUCCUCCAAGAAGAAGAAGAAGAAGAAGAAGAAAGCGACGGCGUAA